ACUUGGUGCCAAGGACAGCGAAGAUUGGUUAAAUUUCUCGAGCGAAGAAAAUGAUUGGACCAUAUAUAUCCCAGGGCAGCUCUGAAUGAGUAGGAUCAUGAGUGACAGAAGCUGCUGAUGCUGUUGACCAUUGGUGUUCUUCAGAUUACCAGCAUCUGGAUCUAGUGUUAAUGAAACAGAUGUGACAAGUUAUGUUUUAAGAGACGGGCUGAAUUACACGUUUUACGGAACAACUUGCUGCAGAUUCAUUGGGGUGUGUGAGUACAUGGUGUGAUGGCAGCCUUUAGCAGACAGGAGUUCUUCCAAGAGCUUGCAGAGGGCUGCCUGCUGCCCACAGCUCAGCAGGGCCUGGAACAGGUGUGGCAGCUUUUGGUCAUCUGUCUGCUCUGUCGACUCCUCUGGAUGUUGGGUCUCCCAUCCUAUGUAAAGCACCUAAGCACAGUUGUAGGAGGUUUUUACACCCUCUACUUGUUCUUUGAGCUCCACAUGGUGUGGGUGGUGCUGCUCAGCCUUCUCUGCUACCUCAUCCUCUUCCUGUGCCGACACUCCAGCUGUCGAGGCUCCUUCAUAUCAAUCACUGUGCUCAUAUACCUGCUGCUGGGAGAGUUGCAUAUGAUGGACACCACCACCUGGCACAAAAUGAGAGGUUCCCAGAUGGUUGUUGCGAUGAAGGCCAUAUCUCUGGCCUUUGACCUGGACAGGGGCGUUGUGACCAAUGUGCCAUCACCUAUAGAGUUCAUGGGCUAUAUCUAUUUUGUGGGAACUGUCAUCUUUGGUCCCUGGAUCAGCUUCAAUAGCUACAGAGAGGCCUUAGAAGGGCACAAGCUGAGUUUCUCCUGGACAUUCAAAGUGUGCAUCAGCUGGGUGAAAAGCCAGCUCUGUCUGGUCAUCUCGAACUGUGUCGCCCCCUACCUUUUUCCUUACUUCAUCCCCAUCUAUGGGGAUAAGCUGCUACGCAGCAAAAAGAGAAGAAAGAUCAGAGGCUUUGGGUCAAGGUGGCUGCUAGCCUAUGAAAAUGCAGUCUCCUUUCACUUCAGCAACUAUUUUGUCAGUUACCUAAGUGAAACGACCACUACUCUGGCAGGAGCAGGCUUCACUGAGGAGAAGGACAACCUCAAAUGGGAUAUGACUGUGGCCAAGCCCCUGAAUGUUGAGUUCCCAAGGUCUAUGGUAGAAGUGGUAACUUCCUGGAAUCUGCCCAUGUCCAGCUGGCUUAACACCUAUGUUUUCACAAGUGCUCUCAGUCUUGGAACGUUUCCUGCCAUCCUAGUGACAUACACAGCCAGUGCACUGUUGCAUGGUCUGAGCUUCCAUCUGGGUGCAGUCCUGCUGUCUCUGGGCUUCAUUACAUACAUCGAGCACGUUUUGCGGAAGAGACUAGCAACAAUUUUCAACGCAUGUAUUCUGUCAAAGAAAUGUGGGGCAAACUGCAAUCACCAGAACAAAAAGGCCCUGUGGGUAUACAUCAUUAAUAUUGCCUUCAGUGCCCUGACAGUGCUCCACCUGGCCUACCUGGGCUCUGUCUUUAACUCCAGUGUGGACUAUAUGGAUGAUGAUGAGGGCGAUGUGGCCAACCACACGAUUCAGAAGUGGACUGACCUGAGCUGGAUGUCUCACUGGCUGACUUUUGGUUGCUGGGUGGUCUACCGCAUCAUCCUUUAAUAGAGCUGUGGACUGAGGGAGAAAGAAGGCGAGCAAUAAUGAGAGGGGCUUGAUGGAACAGGGGCGUCCCUCCUGCACUGUGCCAUCCUUGUGCACGGGACACAUAGAGCUCAUGUCUAGGCUUUAAACUUUCUCCUCCAAACCAAAAGUGCUCAGGACAUGGCCUAUCUACUCUACAUCCUGCUGGGGAGUAUUUUUGAUACACUUGAAAUAAUGCCCUUCUCCGUCCUCAGAACAUUGUUCUACCUGAACUGGAUUUGUGACAGACGUGGCAUAUGACUCUGCGAUUCGCAAUCAGUAACUGUCAGUAUGGAGGUGAUCAGCCUCUCACGCCAUCCUAUGUACUUGUUAUCUUGCUACCCAGUUUACAGCUGACUGGAAAAGGACGCUCUUCCUCUAUGGUUUUUCCUUUGUUUGUAUAUAAAGAAAUAUUUGCUAUGUGUAUUACGCACUUAUUUCUUUAGCAUGCAAUCCCUAGUUUCAAAUAAGAGACAGUUUAUCAU